AUGUCCAAAGCCAAGGGCGCAACUGGCGCCGUUGAGCAGGUGGUCAAAUUGAUUGUUGGAGCCGGCCAGGCGAGUCCCAGUCCGCCGGUUGGUCCUGCACUGGGAAGUAAGGGUGUCAAGUCGAUGGAUUUCUGCAAGGAGUUCAAUGCCAGGACCGCACACAUAACCCCCGGCACGCCGAUGCCUUGUCGAGUUACUGUUCGACCAGACAGAUCUUUCCACUUUGAUCUGCGGACGCCACAAACUUCAUGGCUUCUUCUGAAUGCUGUCGAAGCACCGCGGAAUAAGAAAGGAAACAGAAAGGGUGCCAGCAAACCAGGCCACGAGACGGUCGGAACCAUCAGUUUGAAGCAUGUGUACGAAAUCGCAAAGAUCAAGCAGUCAGAAUUACGACUCUCCGGUCUCUCCUUAGAGGGACUAUGCAGGUCAAUCAUUUAUCAAGCGAGGUCGAUCGGUAUCAACGUUGUAGCAUAG